AUGGCUGCUGCAUCCAGGAGACUCCUCGUCGACGUGCACACCCACGUCUACCUCCCGCGCUACGUCUCCUUCCUGCGUUCGCGCACCAGCGUGCCGCGCGUCUUCUCCAGAACCACCCCAGAGGGCAAGACCGAGGAACGGCUGCUCAUCCUCGAUGCAGAGCCGAGCGGAGGGCGACCCAUGGGCUCGCAGCAGUUCUGGGACAGAGCCGAGAAGCUCAGGUUUAUGGACAAGCAUGGUAUCGAUAUCUCCAUCGUGAGCACGGCAAACCCGUGGCUGGACUUCCUGCCCGCCGCCACGGCACAAGUGCUUGCCAGCGAACUGAACAGCGACCUCGAGGAGUACUGUUCCACGUCUCCCAAUCUCGCCGACGGGACGUUGAAGCAAUUAUACGGCUUCGGAUUACUGCCUCUCGUACCGGAGGCAUCAAGCGCAUCUCUUCUCGAAAUCAUACAACAGAUAUCUAAUCUCCCCCAUCUGAAAGGCGUCAUCAUCGGCUCUCGUGGACUAGGAAAGGGACUGGACGACGACGCCCUGGAACCCGUAUGGGCAGCCAUCGAGAAAGCAGCUCUUGUCGUCUUCCUCCAUCCUCAUUAUGGCGUCGACCAGAAGGAAUGGGGAGAGAAGGACAACGGCCACGUACUCCCGCUGGCCUUAGGCUUCCCAUUCGAGACCACUAUCGCCAUCACACGGUUGAUUCUCAGUGGAGUGCUCGACCGACAUCCCGACCUCCGCAUCCUCCUCGCGCAUUCUGGGGGCGCCCUCCCGCAGCUGUCCUCACGUCUUGCCUCCUGCAUCGACCACGACCCCGUCGUCGCCUCGCGCCUGCAGCACGACGCGCGCUACUACCUCGGCAAGCUCUACUUUGACGCUGUCGCCUACGGUUCAGAGGAGCUCGGCUUCGUCAGCGACACGGUUGGUCGUGCGGAGAAGUAUGUCAAGAGCGGAGCAUCGGCGGCCGCAUCUGCAGGCGCAGGGGGUGUGCAGAGGAAGCUAGGUAGCCGGCGGAUGCUCUUCGGAACCGAUCACCCAUUCUUUCCCCCGCUAGGAGAGGCGGAGAAGUGGAAGAGCGUAGUCGAGAAUCUGGAAGCUAUCGAUGGUGUGUUCGGCUGGGACGAGGCCGAACAGAACGCUGUGCGGGGAGGAAAUGCGAUCGAACUGUUCGGCUUGGGCAAGAUUCCCUAA